AUGCUGGCUGGCUGGUCGCUCGGCGUCGUGGAGCUGAUCGGAGGUGGUCGCGACGGUACAGAGUUGAGGGCGGAGGCUUCCUGUUCCUGGGUCGCGACGGGACGGAGGCUUGCAGGCUGCAGCUGGGUCGCGAGUCGCGACGUCACGUCGCAAAGAGGAGGGAACGAACGGCUACUCCGCGGCGACCAGCAACGAGAGAAGGUCAGUCGCCGUCGCCGUCGUGAUGGUCUGAGACUCCGUCGACGGCGCGAUGGUCCGAGAGUCUCCGAUGGCGAUGGGCGAUGCUUUCACUUACUCUCGAGGGAGAGGGAGGCGGCAGGCGGAAUGAAGAGAGGCUUACCCAGCGCAACCCUACAGACGACAGAGAACAGAGGCCAUGGGUUAGUGGGCCGGGGUAAGUGGGUAUUGGGUUGGCCUGUCCCUGGGCUGGGCUCAAAAUAA